ACUGUCUCCUCGUCGUCGUCCUCCGUUCCCCGCACGCCCCCGCCGCCGCCCCGCCGCGUCUCCGCACCGACACCGCCUGCACAGACGCGCUCUGCUGGCUGCACACAGCGGCGACCACCUCGUCUCUCUCGUCGCGUUGGCUCGUGGCCGUCCGGGUUCAGUUGCUUUAAAAAGGUCGGACGCCUGCGCCUCCGAUGCCUCGACGCACCUUAACUCCCGCGACUCCCGCUCCCCCGCCUCUACCCGCCGUCCUGCCCAAGGACCCCGCCCAGCUCGAGCUCUCUGACCCCGAAUGGGCUGCCAACCUCCGCCUCCUCAGACGACACUGGAAAUGGGCCGCUUUCAGCCAGUUCUUCUACACCUUCGCGCCCCUCUUCGCCAUGAACGAUGUCACCCUCGUCGACAUUGAAGACGAUCUCGCCCGCGGCGUGGCUAUAUACCUUCCUCGCAUCAUGACGAGGCUUCUGUAUACCCUCACUCAGGACAGAAAGAUAUCCAUUGACAACUGGCAAACCGCCCUCCGCAAGCAGUACAUGAGACGCGACCCAGCCGCCAAUCCGAUCGGCCCUGAGCCUCCCACCGAGUCUCGUCAGCCCACGCGGGAACUCUCUGAGCCUUCGGCCGUUGAAAUCAAGAACGAAAGCACCGCUGCCAGCCCCGCCGCUGGCGGAGACCAUCCCUCUGAGCUGCCCGACGGGGAGAAUGUGGAGGCUGCCCAAACCGACGGCGAGGAGAACAAAACAGAUCUCCGAGACGGCUCCGUUAAGCCCGAAGCUGACGUGAAGGAGGAAGGCGCCGGUGAGCAAGGCCCGCCAGCAGAGACAGAAGAGAGUAAGGACUGGCUGGAGCUACCCAUGUUGGACAAGCUGGAUUCCAUGCAUCUUCUAACGGAGUGGCAAUUUCAAAACUCAAAUCGCCUGCGUCAAAUGAUGAAGAGUGACGACGAGCACGCGAGCUGGCGCAUUGAGCCGAUAGGAUACGACGCUAAAACAAACGCUUAUUGGUUGAUCGGUCCGGAUCGACUGUGGCUCCAGCGCGUUCCCCCGAGACCUCCCAAAGGCUUGAAGCGCAAACGGCCUGCUGCGAGGAAGUCUACUGCCCAACCGUCCACGAGCAAGCUUGAUAAUGACGAGUACAAUUCCGAGGCCGAACAGUCACCCAAGCGCAAACGAACCCAACGCUCCCCUGCCAAGCCGGCCGCUCGCCCGCAACGCCCCGCCGUUCGUUCCACGCGUAGUCGCAAGUCAGCUCCGGAACCCGAGCCUGAGCCUAGUGGUGGCCGCGGCAGCACACGCGCGGCGAAGAUGCAGGCGAACAAGAAACUAGACGUGCAGGCGAAGGAGCUUGCCGAGUUCCAGCGUCAGGCCGCCGCCCUCGCUGCGGCAAAUAGCCCGACGCGGUCGAGUCGGUCGCCGAGGAAAGCAGCAUUGGGCACACGGACGAGCGCCCGGCUUCGUGGUACACAAGAUGAGGACGGUGAAGACGACGAAUGGCAGCAGAUACCCGAUGAAUGGCUGCAUGAGGCCGAGUCUUCUCCACGGCUGCCAACACGAAGUAGCGCUCGGAAGGGCAAGGGCAAGGCGGUCGCCUUCCAGGAAGAAGUCCCUGCUGAGGAGCCCGUCAUUCCGUCUGACGAGCCCAAGACCGGCUUGGAGAGCGAUGCCGCCAGUGAACUCACAGAACUCUCGGUGUCCGAGGAGCCGGAAGAGACGGCUGGGACGCAAGAAGUGCAGCACGAACCUACUCCGAAAUCGACGGGUCGGUCAACUCGGUCCAGGAAAAGGGCUCGAGCUGCAGAGGUUGCGCAGUCGGAAGCUCAGGAGGACGAUGUCGCACAAGGGCAGUCAGGGGAAUCUGGCGAUGCUGCAGAACUCGAUCACUUAGAGGAGCCCACGGACGAACCCUCCAUGUUGCCUGAUGAUUUCGUGGAAUGGGAUACGAUAUGUGUGACGCUGCACGAAUGGGAGCACAUCGCAGAGCGCUUCGAGAAGGCGACUCACUACUUAGAGAAGGCGUUGUACAAGAUGCUCACGCAGAAUAUCGUGCCCGUAGUGACUGCGGAGCUGAGGGAAGCGGAGAAGCGCAAGAAAAUCGAGGAGGCGGUGGUCCACCGCAAGCGAUCGUCGCGGAUAGCGACAAAGGAGAGCGAGAAAGAGCAGCAGCGGGAAGCGGUGAGAAAGAAAGCGGAAGAAGAUGAGAAGCUCUCUCGAGCCAAGCGGAUGGAGGCUCGUGCGAAGAAGGAAGAAGAUGAGCGCGAGAAACGCGACAAGGAGAGAGAAAGACGGCGCCUUGAGAGAGAAGAGCGCGAGGAGCGAGCUAGGCAGAAGGAGGAGCGCGCUCGGCGACGUGAGCAAGCAGAGGAACAACGUGCAUCGACUAGCACACCUGCCGCGGGCACUCAUUCGGCCGAAUCUGUCUUGCUCAGUACCGUUCCGACGCCCGCGGGUACCCAGACGCCCGGUUGGGUGCUAGACUGUGAGAUUUGCGGCAAGCGUGGAGUGAAUCUCGACGAUGGCCUGCCUAUGGUCUCGUGCGGCAUGUGCUCAAAAUGGCAACACAUUGGCUGCCAUGACUUGGCUGAUCAGCGUUUGGGCCGUCCGCGCAGAGAUUGGGAGCGCCAACAGUUCUACUGCCAACCAUGUCGUACCCGGGCCUCCAAUGGUACUUCUUAUAUCGCCUCGAAUCACCAGCGAUAUCCGGUGCCGCAGUCUCAUCAUUCGCAGUCGUCGUCCUGGUCUCAGGCUGCUGUCGAUCCAUCCAUCCAUCCGCAAAAGUCUGUGGUCGCACCACAAGCGUAUUACCGGGAUCCUCCUCGCCCACAGUCCAGCUACGCAGCCGGCAACGGUGCGGACUUCAACCACACAUCAUAUCCGAGACAAGACGCAGCUCUCCAGCCUGGCUACACGAGGACACAAAACGGGCUCACCUUCUCACACUAUCAGCCGGAGAAUCGCGCCUUCACGAGCAUACGCAACUCUCAGCAGGGCACGCCUUCGCCCCCGAUUGGUCACGGAUGGACGAACGGUUACUCGAGUGCGCAGCCCCAACAGCAAUAUGGGCAAGGCGGAGGCUCACAUGCCGGGAUGAGCGCAACUUCGUAUCAGAACACUGCCUCCAUGUCGGCUCGUCCGCAACCUGACUUUGGGCAUGGACAAGGUGCUGCCGGCACUUCGCAGUGGGCAUCCUCAAGUAGCUCGAAUGGCCAUUUGCCCCCGCACGAUAGCGCUGUUCGUUCUGCUGCAGAGUCACUUGCGUUCAUGCAGGGCGGAGGAGGCAUAGGUGGGCAUGCCCAGCCUCAGCAAAACGGUUGGCACCAUACCCCAGGAGCAUCGGUGCCGCAUGGGAAUGGCGGAAGGUACUGAGCACACAUGUUCUCUCCGUUGCGAAUGGCCCGAUGGGAUGUCAUACGUUUGUCGGUUUUGUUGUACUUAGCGAGUCCCUCUAGAUACAUACAGUAGUAUGGCUCUCCGCCUCGGACUCUGUUCUUGAAUUCGCUAUCAUCGCUAUAUCUCGUGUAAUGUCGGAUGGUCAGUGUUGUAUUUUUCAAUUAAUGGAUGUCGAUGUUUGAUUCGA